AUGGCGAUUGAGACAACGGAUAGCAUGGUGGACGAGUAUGUCUUGACGCAGUGCACGCAGCCGUCAGUCGACCCGAGGCGAAUGGGUAGAAACAACUCCGGUCUUUCUGCCAGUGACGUCGCCGAUGUUAUCUGCAUCCUCCAUCCUGCCUCCCCUGCAGCCUUCCGUCUUGUCUCGGAUACAGCUGCUCGUGCCCCUCAGCACAUCUUGCAGAACUCGAGUCUUCGUCGACCAGACCGAAACGGUGCCGCCCUCGACGAUGAAGAAACAUUCAUCCUCAACGAAAAUGCUGGGGAGCAGGCAAUGGAUCUGGCUCUGAGAUUCUCGACGCGCACGCAUCAGCCUCACCUUGGAUUCGUCAUUGGUCGUAACAGCGAAGCAUGCGACAUUGUCGUCCGAGCAGAUUCUCACAAGCGGGUCAGCAAUUUCCACUUCUGCAUCUUCUUCAACGAAACCGGCAUUCUCAUGCUUAGGGACAUGAGCACAAACGGAACAAUGGUAGAUGAUGUUCUGCUCAAAUGCAGGACAACGCACCAUCCUCACUCCCGAAUACUCAGUCCUGGUUCCGUGGUCCAGAUACUUUCUCCGUCGAAGGAUGAAGUGCUGAAAUUUAUCGUGCGCUUUCCAUCCCGCGAUGGAUAUUACCAGGAGUACGACAAGAUGUUUCAAGAUUACAUGAGUCGACAAUUUGCCGCUCUUGAGCGGCGGCAACGAGAUGGCCGCAACGACGAUCCACAUCUUCCCACAUCUGCUCAACGCCGGCACACUGCGGUGAAAGCGCCCGUUCCACACAAUCAAUUUGGAAUGCACUGGAACGGCGGCGAGGUGUACAAUGUGGUUGGCCACAUUGGAAAAGGCGCAUUUGCCAGUGUCUAUCAACUGGCCACAAAGAUCGAUGGGCAGCUAUACGCUGCGAAAGAGCUGGAGAAGAGGAGGUUUAUGAAGAACGGCGUCUUGGACCGGAAGCUUGAAAAUGAAAUGCGGAUAAUGCAGUCGAUCGACCAUCCCAGUAUUGUCGCAUACCACGACUACCAGGACGUCUCCAACCAUCUGUACAUUAUCAUGGAGUUCGUGCCGUGUGGAGAUCUUCAGCAAUACCUGACCGAGUAUGGACCUCUUCCCGAAUCGAUCGCAAAGCAGAUGGCUUCUCAGGUCUUCGAUGCGCUAGAUUAUCUUCACAAGAAGAAUAUCACCCACCGUGAUAUCAAACCUGACAAUAUUCUGCUCUCUUCAAUCGACCCAAAGAACUUCCUAAUCAAGCUGUCCGAUUUUGGUCUAUCCAAAGCAGUACAGAAUAACGAUACAUUCUUGAAGACUUUCUGCGGCACACUGCUCUACUGUGCACCCGAAGUCUUCCCUCACUACGACACACAUUCUGCAAAUAAAGGUAUCAAGCGCUCUCGCAAGCCACAAGGCACCAAGACGUUCCGAAGCUACAGCCAUGCUGUGGACAUCUGGUCUUUUGGUGCUGUACUAUGGUAUUCUCUGUGUCACAGACCUCCUUUCGAAGGCGUGGCUGAUAACACCGGCCGCGGUAUGUUCGAUAAGAUUAUGAUGACACCUCUGGAUGCUGCCGAUCUCGCGAGGCAAGGGGUUUCUGAGGCAGCUGUUGCCUUGUUGGUAGCCAUGCUUAAUACAGACCCAAUGGCCCGACCUUCUGCAGAAGAGUGUCUGCGUCUUCCAUGGUUUGGCUCGCGUAAGCCUCCGACAUAUCGACGGCCGCAGCGAUCUCUUGGCGCUAUUCAGGAGGAAGCUCAGCUUGAUACGAUUCCUGGUGCCCAAGAACCUGAUGUCGCUGGGUUGAGUUUAGAUGAGCGGGACGUUGACGAGCUCAUGGGCAGCCAACAGAGUGAAGUCAGUCUCAACUCCUCCGACAUGAAUUUUUUCGAAUCCUCGCGGGUCUCAAAGCGAUUGAAGACUGGCGAUGACAACCAUGAAGAUAACGAGGAAGUUGACGAGGACAACUACUACGGCUCCAGUCCAGAAUUGGUUGGCGAUAUCCCCAUCAUGCACCAAGAGCAAGUAGGAGGUCAGACGCAACCCAGAGCACCAAAGCUGUUUGGAGAAAUCAGUCAGUCGGACUUGCCAACACUUCGAAGACAAGUGGGCAGGGUUGCUGAGAACUUGACAAGCUCAGCUGCCUCCCGUGGAGAAGCUGUAUCAGAGCACAGCCUAGGUCAAGAUGCGCAGGACGACCGGAGUCAAAGUCUGCUCGGUGCUGAAUCAAUGGUCCGCGAAAUGGAAAUCGAUUCGCCUUUUACUGGAAUUUCAAGCGCUUCGCAAUCUCAACGUGACAGCAACAGCGUCGACUCCGCUGCGCAAUCGCAAGAGGCUCAACCAGACGAUCUUGAGGAGACUCCGAAAUUACAGCAAGAUCCGCAAACCCAGGCGCACACUUACACUCGUCGCAUCAGCAUACCGGAUCCACCAUCGUUCUACCAUGACCCGGCGAAUCCGAGCACGCAUAAUCUUCAGUAUGCUUCUGAGGUUAGUAGCCAUGACUACACUAAGGCUGCGAAACAUGCCGCGAUCAAGGACACCUCGCUAGCUACCACGCAGCCGAGGAGCAAGCCGACCAGUGAUAAUGACGGUGUGUCAGCAAAUGACUCCAUGACAAAUGCAGCAUAUCGUGUCCAAGCGGAAUCAGCAAAAGCUCCAAAGCUUCCACAGACAGCACAUCUCAUAAAGCAUGCGAAUAUCUCUGGCCCGCGGCCGCGUUUCGGCAGGCUGAUUUCGACGCAAGGAUCAGCACCGGACUUGGUCCUGGAUUUGCACACCACAGUCACGACAUAUGGCCGAAGUUCUCGGUGCACAUACACUCAUCCCGAUAAGAACGAUAUUCGUAUAGCCAAGGAGUGCCUUACAAUCUUCUUCCAUGCUUCGGAUCUGAGCAAGGCGUCCGGACCGGAAGAAGAGCUCGAUUCGAUCAAGGGGUUGUAUUGCGGUAUCGUCACAUACGGUAGUAACGGUGUGAAGAUCAAUGGCUUUCAGCUGGACAAAGGUGAGGUGGGCAAACAGCUAUACGGCAAGAUUCAUACUGGAGACAUCAUUGAGGUCUGGCCCGGUAAUGACAAGCAGGCUCCUCUGCGCUUCUAUGUCGAGGUUUACCACGGUACUACCAAGAACCCGCGAAGUCCAGACGCGCCAGGCUUUGAGGUGGCCAUGGAGAAGCAACGUUCGGAGAGCAGCGAUAAUGAAAAGCAGGGCUCUCAAGCUAAAGCAGGACUUUCAAGCUAAAGCUUGAUAGAAGGAACGACGAGCGACCUACACGACUUGGGAUUCAAUAUGCUGCUCCUGGAGGUCAGCUUUUUCUACGAAUACCCAGGCAGCAUGGCGUUAUGAAACGGAAUGACAACAUCAAAACUUUAAGAGGCAACUUUGUGACAACUACAACGCAUUGGGCGGGUUGAUCUUGCUCUGGCUCACCUGCAGAGCCCGUUUUGUAGUACAAUAGCAUGAGAUAUAUGUAUAAUGAAAAUCGAACAAGUCAACUC